UUGACCAAUCAUUGGUCGAGGGCGUGGCCCAAGGACUGAGUUGUUUUAUAGUCAGCAACUGGGGCACUUUUCAUGCAUUUGUAGGGGAAUUGAGUUCGUAUUCACAGUAUAAUCUGACUUAUUCUGAACAACGACACUUGCUGUGAUGGCAAAGCGAACAAGGCGACCGAGGGAUCAGCUGCCAAACUGUUACUAUGAAGGAUACAUGGAGAAGAGAUCAUUCAAUGAUGAGACAUCUCGGAAACUGUGGACCGCCCUUUGUGGAAACACCCUUUUUUUCUUCAAUGACAAAAAGGACUGCGAUUACAUAGAGAAACUGGAUCUCAGUGGAUUUAUCUCAGUAACAGAUGAGACCAGACAGGACCGUAACUUGGAUGCAGCCAGAUUCAAUCUCCGACUGAAAGACGGAAAUAUCAAAUUCACUGUCCCAAAUGCAGAAGUUCGUGAGUUUUGGAAGGGCUAUAUCCAAGCUGUGGCUGAGCUGGCUGUGCCCACCUCUCUGAAUCUGCUGCCAGGUCAGAUCCACAUGCUGAAAGAGGCAGUACAAAAGGAAAAGGAGAGAAAACAGAACAGCCCUCCAUCUGCUGAGACCAGCUGCUCUUCUUAUGUCACCCUCAAAGCAGACAUGCCAGCCUGUUACCACAAUGUCUCCCGCCUGGAGGCCGAGCUGCUUCUUGAGAGAGAAGCCAAAAGAGGAAACCUGCUGCUGAGGCCUGGAAGCGAUGGGAGCUCCUUCGCUGUCAGCACCAGGCAGGACUUGGAGAGCUCUUUGGUCAAACACUACCGCGUGAUCCGAAAACACGACGGGGGCUUCAUCAUUGAUGUGGAGCCUAAAGUCAUCUGUGACACUCUGCACGAUGCGAUCAGCUAUUUGGUGACAUCAACUGACGGAGCUUUGAUUCCUCUCAUUAUUGAAGAACCAUAUGAAAAGAAAUUAUCUUAUAUUUCUUCUGAUAAUGAAAAUGGAGAAAAGAGUGUUCAGCAACCCUCUUUUCUCCAACCCAGCAACAAAGGUACUCCACCAAGCCUUCCUCCCAAACCAGUCUAUAGAAAAACACCAUCUCCUGAACCAGAGGAAUUGCCAGUGGAAGACUGCUUGUAUUUGAACUGGAAUGAGGAAGAAGAAGAGACAGAAGAUUCCUCAGUCAAUCCGCUGCCACAACCAGAAGAGAAAACCCAGAAAAUUCCACUCAUGCCUCCAAUUCCUGUACCUCGCAAAUUGCUUCCCUCCUCUGCUUCAACCUCAAAACUAGAUUUGAAGGUGAAAGGCGUUACAGACCCCGAUAAUCAGAUUGCUCGCGCAACCAUAUCUGAGCUGAAACUUCGGCUGGAAAAAAAAGGGAAAGUGUCAGUGACCUUUUGUGAUGGGAGCCCCUGAGAGCCAUCUCUAUCUGUGACAAUGUGGCAAAGCUGCUGUGUCAGACCGUCCCUGCAAGAUGAACCGACACAUGGGAGGAGAAACGAGCCAUUUCCCCGCACAAAUGACCUCCUCCUGCUCCGCAGUGUAGCUCGGCUCUGUCGGCAGCACAAGAGCAGCAAAGCCUCUCAGAAGAUUAACGUGCUAUUGAUCUUUGCCUCUCUUGGACACUCAUUAGCAAAUUAAUCGACUGUAACGAGCAGUGCACAUGUCACAUUAUCUAUACCUUUCUCUUGUACACUUUGCACAUUUGCCAUUGAAAGUGGCACUUUUUCCCUUUGUUCUACUGAAUCACAUUUAUCAGUGUUUUCAGAUUUCUUUGUGUUUUUCUUUCAGUUACCAUAGCUACAAUAGUUAUAUUCUGCCUUACAGGCAUGAUGUUCAUAUUUGAACUACAGUGUAUUACUGCCCACCGUUUCAGUGAUGCAGCCCUAUGAAGAAAAAACAGAACUGCCAGAUGAACUUUUUUUCUGUAAAUUUAUGUAUUGCAUGUAGUUUAAAAUUUUUUUUAUUUUUUUACUGAAGUAAAACUUGCUUAUAUCGCAUCAGGCCAUGUGAUCAAGCAAUUCUAGUAGGUGCCAUGCAGCAACAGAGGUUUUAUGAAGGUCUGUGCCAGGUGUACUUUGUUUUAUGUAUUAUUCACACAGCCAACCCUUUUUGUCUUCCUUUGUUUCUGUUUUAAGACAGACAUUCAUGGACCAAAGUGCUCUCACUCCUUUAUUACCUCAAUGACUGAUACAUUAUAGUGGAAAAUUAAACUAUUUACAAUAAACUCUGACAUCUGUCAGCAUGUGAAACAAAGUCAACAGAACUCUCGCUUCUUUAAAGCAUCGCAGGCUACAUUAUUCAGAACACACAUGUAGAGGAGAAAUGUGGCAAAGCAA